GUGUAUCCCAUCGUGAGUCAGUAGCGUGGGCAGCUGAAAAUUCUAUUUAAAUCUCUACUGAAACGUGGACAACGUAGUCUCGCGAGCACUGCGGCGCGCGCUUGCAACGAACUUCUCAUUCCUCGAAGAUGUCGAUGGUCCCCAUGAUGUUUCGCGAUUGGUGGGACGACUGGGAGCGGACGCGCCCCUCGUCGCGGCUGUUCGACCAGCACUUUGGCAUGGGCCUGCACCGCGACGACCUGUUGUCGUCUCUGUCUACCCUGCCCUCUUCUUCCCUAUUCAGAAACUCUUACUUCAGGCCCUGGAGGACGAGCCUGACAAGGCAGGAGUCGGCCUCCACUAUUAACCUUACGAAGGAAAAGUUCGAGGUUAUCCUCGACGUCCAACAAUUCGCGCCUGAAGAGAUCACAGUCAAGGCCAGCAACAACUCCGUCUUAGUGGAAGGCAAACACGAAGAGAAGCAGGACGAGCACGGCUACAUCUCCCGCCAGUUCACUCGCCGCUACAUCCUCCCCACCGGCUACGAGGUCGCUGACCUCGUCAGCACCCUGUCUUCUGACGGUGUGCUCACGAUCACGGCUCCUAAGCGUCCCCUGCCGUCUGCUGGAGAAAGGAUUGUCCCUAUCACGAAGACCGGCCCUGCGAAGCAACCAGAACCACCCAAGCCGGAGCAGCACCAGCCCCGCGAACAGACCGUACCCAUCGUUACAUCUCCCUAAAAUUAUAAACAGAUGACAACCCUACUAACAAUCCGAUAUGAACAGACUUCGCUUCAAUGUCAUUGCAUGUGAUAAUGAAGCGAAGUUAGCUGCAGAUCUAGCGAGCAUUUUAUUUAGGGUUGUCUUCUUUUGUAUUCUUCCUCCUUCCCAAGAACAACGAGAAGCAUUGUGUUAGCACGUAAAUGCAAACGAUCGAAUAGCAUUUAAGGAUUUAAAUCACGUUGUUGGCCAACAACGAGACGAUUCGAAUUAACGAAUUAGCCUUUUUUGAAGAGCAAUGGAAAAUGUAAUUAAGUACUGAAGUUUAAAUUUUAUUUAAGUACCUAAUAAACGAAUUUAUAUAUUUUU